UGAAAGGCGGCGAGACGUAAUGGGACGUAACCAAAAUGGCCGCGCGCAUGAGUUUCUCCUCGGUACAGAGUGGAAGGGUCCGCGUUCAGGGAAACGUUCGGGUUAUCCGGUUCCUGCAAGUCAUCCGGGGCCCGGUCCGGAUUCCAGGCUAAACAUGGUGGUGAUGAGUAGCCUGAGGGUCGUUCUUCAAGCCUCUCCAUGCAAGUCACUGUGGAGAAGAUUCCAGACCCCCAGGUUCGUGCCAGCGAGGCCCUGCAGCCUCUACACCUGCACAUACAAAAGCCGGAACCGAGCCCUGCACCCGCUGUGGGAGACCGUGGACCUGGUCCCGGGGGGCGAGCGCCAGUCGCCCAUCAACAUCCGCUGGAGGGACAGCGUCUAUGAUCCUGGCUUAAAACCGCUCACCAUCUCUUACGACCCGACCACCUGCCUCCACGUCUGGAAUAACGGGUACUCUUUCCUGGUGGAAUUUGAAGAUUCUACAGAUAAGUCAGAGGAAGUGAAGCACCCUGAAGUUCACUGCUUUUGCCAGGUCACACAGCUGACUGCUGGAGAACUGAUGGAAAAUCAGCAGACCACACUCUGUGCAAGGCCUCUGAGCUCCUGGAGACUUCAGCAGGUGCCGGCCUCCUGCAAGGGCUGGAGGUAGAGUGUUUCCUGGGCGCCCCAGAUUUGUUUUCAUCAGCUGCACACCAUGAAGAGCUGCAGAAAUUCGUGGAUACUGUGCCGUCAGUUAAGCAUAAGGACACCCUUGUGGAAUUUGGGUCAUUUGAUCCUUCCUGCCUGAUGCCUGCCUGCCCAGAUUACUGGACCUACUCGGGGUCCCUGACUACCCCCCCACUCUCCGAGUCCGUCACCUGGAUCAUUAAGAAGCAGCCCGUAGAGGUUGAUCACGAUCAGUUUGGACAUCAAUUUGGAGAUACUUCAAAUUAACCAGAGACAGGCGUUAAGACCUAGAAGAACAUAAGCUUUUUGCUUUCAUUUUUGACAGUAAUGUGUAUUUUGCUAUAUAUGCAUGGUAUAGAAUUGCUAUAAAAAUUAAGAUCUUUAAAUGGAAAAAAAGAAGGCUGGAAAUGGAUGUGUUCGAACCAGUUUGAUAUUUAUUUAUUAUUGAAGUACUGUUGAUACGUAGUGUUACAUUAGUUGCAUGUGUACAACAUGGCGAUUUGACAACCCGGUAUGUUAUGCUGUGCUUACAAGCGUAGUUCCCAUCUGUCACUGGACCAUACAAGUCUGGUACAAACCCACUGACAGUUUUCCCUGUGCUUUUUACCUUUCAUCCCCAUGACUUACUAAUUUCAGUACUGGAAGCCUUGUACCUCCUACUCCCCUUCACCCAUUUUCUCCUUCUAAUCCACCCCCUCCGCAAUAUUCCCCUUUCCUCUGCCAACUGUCAUACAGAGUUUGUUCUCUGUAUUUGUGUAAAAAGCCUUAAUUUUCUUAAGAGAUACUUAUGUGGAAUUUCAAGGUAAGGACAGAGCCCAACAAUGUCUACACAGAAAUUUUAUUCUAAGUCAGAAGUUUUGACUUUGAAGUUUCGGUAUUUGCUUUGCAUUUAGAAAUGAAAGGUUAAGUGGUGGUUACUAUGUCAACACACAGAACGUUUAAUUCAUAAAUGAACUAAACUGUAAUAAUAAUUGCUUUCACUUGUUUGCUUUGAAAUUUUAUUGAUUAAAAAUUUUUUCCAAAGACAAAAGCUUCUAAGUUCUUUUUUAUGAAGCCAAGAUAACAGUGAAACCAAAACCCACCAAAGAUUGGACACCCACCCCCAAAUAAACACUAAGCCCCAAAAGUAGUAUCUCUCAAGAAUAUUUAGAAAUAAGGAAAGCUAAAUAAAAUACCUGAAUCUACCAGUACAUCACAUAGGAUUUUUUCUAAUAAUGUAGGGAUCAUUCAGUAUUAGGAAUGACACAGUUAUGAUUAGUCUGCAGCCAUACCACCCUGAACGCGCCCAAUCUCAUCUAAUCUCCGAAGCUAAGCAGGGUCGGGCCUGGUUAGUACUUGGAUGGGAGGAAUGAUGUAGUUCUGAUUAAUAGACUUCAGCCCAUUAGCAAAGAUAAAGGAAAAGCUCGUGUUUUCAUUUUCAUACAUUCCUAAAAUGUAUUGACAAAAUUCAUAAUGUAUUUUUUUGUAAAAUUUUUUUUAAAAUAUUUU